AUGUGGUAUGGUAAUGCGAUUACGAUAAACAUGGCAUCAACCAAACCCCCCCUCAAAAUCCUCAUGCUCCACGGCUUCACUCAAUCCGGUCCCCUCUUCCGCGCCAAAACCGGCGCACUCACAAAAUCAAUCGCAAAAGCAUUCCCUUUACACAUCGUCUCUUUUUCGUAUCCCACGGGACCCUUACGACUCAAUCCUUCUGACGUUCCGGGGUAUAAUGUCGAUGAUGCCGCUGACGGAAAAGACGAGAAAUUCGAGAUAGAAGCGUACGGCUGGUGGAGGAGACCAAGUACGACUCCGCCAACUUAUAAAGGUAUCGAAGAUGGAUUGGCCAGUGUUGCCGCCGUGCUGCGGGAUGAAGGGCCGUUUGAUGGCGUAAUUGGGUUUUCGCAGGGUGCUUGUCUUGCGUUUAUGGUUGCCAGUCUAUUAGAAGCCAACAGGAACGAAUCGUUCAAUGCAGCGGCGGCUGAGGAUGGUGUACAAUUCCCUGAGGCUUUUUCUGCAAAUAAUGUCGGGAAUCAUCCUCCGCUCAAAUUCGCGAUUGUCUAUAGUGGGUUCAAACUUGCGGAUCCGCGAUGGAAGGCUUUAUAUGACGCUCAAAAACCGGUUACGACGCCCGUGUUGCAUGUUUUGGGGACGUUGGAUGCGCUGGUUACGGAGGAGAUGUCUAGAGGAUUGAUAGAGGCUUGUGCGGGUGACCCAGAAAAGGAUGGGAAAGUUGUGUUCCAUCCUGGAGGACAUUUUGUGCCAAGUCAAAAGACAUAUCUCGAAAUUGCUGUGGGGUUUAUCAGGAGGGCACUGGAAGGGGAUAAGAAGAAAGAGGAAGAGGAUGAAAGAGUUGAGGAUAUGGAUGUGCCGUUUUAACCUUGUGACUUGGCAUAGAUAGAUCAUAAUAGAUAGACUUAUUACUGUAUAAUAGAGGUACAUUUCUGUCUGAUGUACUAUACAUAUCUAACUACCAUCAUGCCUUCACCUUCUCAGACUUGGUCGGCUGGAUACGAGCCAUCAUCUCCUCCUUUGUGAUCAGAUGGUCGAUUCUCUCCAGCAAACCCAGCAGACUCCUCAUGUUGCUGCUCCAUUCAUUCAAGACGUCGUCUGCAUCCCGGGGCUUCGCAAAGUUGAUGACACGAGCAGGACGGUCAAUCUUUGCAUAGAUGGUCUUGGACGUGACCAGGUCGCUGAUGUAUUUCUCCGUCUCUUCCUCGUUCAAGUCUAGCAAUUGCGUCAACCGGCUCGUCUGGAUACGAGUGUAGUACUUGGCGAUAACGCGCACAUUGUGCUCAAUUACUCGCUUUCGCAGAUCUUGCCAUCGAGUAUGGGCGUCUGGAUCGUUCGGGUUCUGCUCCUUGUCAAAGACAUCAGUGCUGGUGAGAUGAGGGCCAAAGGUUUCUGCAAUCUCGGGCCAGCGCAUUAAUUCAUGCACUGUAAACAAUUUCAAUAGACGCGCUUCGGUUGGAACUUGCGACAAGCGGCUAUCUUGUUGUAUACGGUGAAGCAGAUCAGAUUGCUCGUUGUCGUAUGGA